AUGGAGGGUUCAGGAACUCAUAAUUUACUCCCUAAGUGGGGGAGACUACGUAAGAAACCCCAGCCACUCUCUGAUUUAACUCAGCUAUAUAGUAAAACUGCUAAUGAAUCGAUAUACUAUUUGAAGUUGGAGGAGAGAAGAGAGUUCAAGAGAGCUUUGCAAGGUUGGAAAGCUUUGAACACGGAAGUUCUAUAUGAAUUGACUCUUUUAGAACAUAAUUAUCCAAAUACUCAAUCUUAUACAAAGGAUGAAUUAAGCUUACGUAGUGGUGUUCAAGAGUUAUACCAUAAGGCUUCUGCUCAUUUAGAAAGGGUCCAAAGGUUAUACAAUGAGGAAGAACGGAGAAGAUUGAGUUCUUCUAGUUAUAAUGGUGAUUAUAUGGAUCAUGAUCGAUAUGACAGUAUAACUUCUUCAGCGACCUAUCCAUCAAAACCUCUCAUUACACAUCCUCAUCAGUACUCUGGUGCUAAAUAUUCUCCUACUCACAUGGUAAGAACAUUACGGGAUCCAAAAACAUUACCGAUAAAACAUCCUUCACCUUCCAACUAUGUUCCAAGUCAUAAAAGUAGUAGCUCCGUAACUAAAGUCAACUUCUCUCAUUCAAAGCCAUUAGGUAAACAAAAUAAUCUGUUACCAACUAAUAGCAAUGAAAGUUUAAGAGCCAAUAACAGUUACGAAAGGAAAUCUGCUCCAAGAUUAGGUAAACAGGAAAAUAAUGAUAUUAUAUUGAUUGAUUUAACUUCUGACACAGACCCUGAUACAUCUAAUGAGAAGAUAAAUAUAAAAAACGAAGAAAUAAAAGACUUUCUGGAAUUCGAUGAUGUCUACGAUAGUUAUUUGGAUGUCAAUGAGAGAGAUUUAGAGAGAUUGAAAGCCUUUGAAAACCUUGAUGGUGCAGAAAGAACUCUUUCAAAUUUAUCCAUAGAAUCAACUCCAUUAGUACCAGAGAUAAAACGUUCGUUACAUAACGAUAUGAGCGUACCAACCACUAUAAAGAGCGCCCCUGUUUUAAACAGUAAUGGACAUUCAAGACCAAAUACUGCAAGAUCGUCUCCAAAACCAAGUAAGAUGGCCUUGUCUAAUACUGCUGCCACUAAAUCAAACCCGGUUCUUUCUUCUAAGGCUCCACCACUUCCUUCGAGAAAUAGGACACCUAUUUCGAAUCAUUCUUCUUCUAAUGAAUCCCUGCCGACAAAGAAAGUUAUCAAAUCAAAACCAGUAGUUAAAUCUUCGAGGCCAACAGUCUCUCAACAAAAAUCCCAAAAUAAUAUAUCUAAUAUUUCAGCUAAAAAGGCGAUCCAGUCCGCAGCAAAUGCCACUUCUAGGAAAAGUCCUAUUCCUGCAGGAACUUCAAAACAAACUUCAAAGCAAAAUGCUGCCAAAAGAACCCCACAAGGUUCAUCUAGGGGAAAAACCUCAUCUAGCUCAUCAUCUUCUGUAAAUUCUACUAGUAAAACAGGAAAGAACAAUCAACCAGUGUUAAAUACAAAAGUUAUAAGAAAACCAGAUCAAAAACCUAGCUCUUCCAAUAAUUCUAAAACAACUUCGUCAAAAUCUACAGAUAAUGACCAUAUUCCUACCCCAUCAUAUCCAGCACCUAAAUUACCAAAAUCCUCAGAGAGUAUCAAUAAGGAAACAUUAUCAGAACCUGAGAAAGAAAAAUCGACUGAAAAGACAAAGGAAAUGCUAGAAGAUGAAAUAAUCGACAGUCUAGUAGGUGUGGAUAAAGCUGCAGCCAAACAGAUCUUUUCUGAAAUAGUAGUCCAUGGUGAUGAAGUUCGUUGGGAUGAUAUUGCAGGUUUAGAAAGUGCUAAAGCAUCUCUAAAGGAGGCUGUUGUGUAUCCUUUCUUAAGACCAGAUUUAUUUCGUGGUUUAAGGGAACCCGUGAGAGGUAUGCUUUUAUUUGGUCCACCUGGUACAGGUAAAACAAUGUUAGCGAGGGCGGUUGCUACUGAAUCACAUUCGACUUUUUUUUCUAUAAGUGCAUCUAGUUUAACUUCAAAAUUUCUGGGUGAAAGUGAAAAAUUAGUUAGAGCCCUUUUCGCUGUGGCCAAAAAGUUAUCACCUUCAAUUAUUUUUGUUGAUGAGAUCGAUUCUAUUAUGGGAAGUAGAGAUAACGAAGGUGAAAAUGAAUCAAGUCGUAGAAUAAAAAAUGAAUUCUUAAUCCAAUGGUCAUCAUUAUCUAACGCUGCUGCAGGCAAUGAAAAGGAUACUGAUGAUGAACGUGUGUUGUUGCUGGCAGCUACCAAUAUCCCAUGGAGUAUAGAUGAAGCGGCAAGAAGAAGAUUCGUAAGACGUCAAUAUAUUCCAUUACCUGAAAGAGAAACAAGACAGGUGCAUUUAAGAAGGUUACUAUCUCAUCAAAAACAUACCUUGAGUGAUGAGGACUUUGAACAAUUAUUAAACUUAACAGACGGCUAUUCUGGUAGUGAUAUUACCUCGUUGGCUAAAGAUGCUGCGAUGGGUCCGUUACGUGAGUUGGGUGAGAAAUUACUAGACACUCCAAGAGACCAGAUUAGGUCAAUAAAUCUCAAUGAUUUUAGGAACAGUUUGAAUUAUAUAAAACCUUCUGUAUCUCAAGAUGGUUUGAAAAAACAUGAAGAAUGGGCAGCUCAAUAUGGCUUCUUCUUGGGUAUAACGGUAUAA